UGAUUUAUACAACGCCGUCUUAUGCAGUAGCGAGGCCCUCAGAUUACAUAGGAAAGGUGCAGAGCAGAAGUGAUUUUUCAGCAGACGAUCAUGGCAAGCUUAGUAGGAAAAUGGAGCUUUGUGUCCUCCGACAACAUGGAACCGUAUAUGGAAGCUUCAGGCGUUCCAGAAAAUUUACGAGAGAUUGCUCGUAAAAACCAGCCCAAUAUGGAGAUCAGCAACUCCGGCGACUCGUGGACGAUCAAAACAGUGGUCGGAGAGAAAGUCAAAGACUCCACGUUUAAGAUCGGGGAGGAGUUCGACUCCGUGUCUCUGACAGGCCAGCCUCUGAAGUGCACCGUCGCUUUGAAUGGCGAAGAAAUGACCGAGACGCAGAAGGCGGGGGACAUAGUUGUGACCAUCACAAGGAAGGUUGAGAACGGCCAGCUCCUGUCUACGAUGACCAUCAAUGGAGUGUCUGCUGUCAUCAAAUUCCAGAAGGCCUAGAGCACACACCCUGUGCCUUCAUCAUUCUAAAUUAUUUGUCUGUCAAAUCUAUAUAUUACAUGCCAUUGUGGAUUCAUUCGAUGAAGAUUACUUUGCAUUUUCUGCAUAAUAUACAAUGAAAUAAAUGCGUAGAAGUAA